AUGAAAUUGUGGAAAAAGAACUCGUCGGCGGAGUCCAUUGGUACCUUGCGGGCAAACCGUCGAACGGCUUGCGGGCGUGGUGGAAGAAGCUGGCCCGUGAAGAACCUCGCGCCUUUCGUGGACCAGGUAGCAGGCCUGUCGGCGACCGGCGAGCGUGCGGGCGUCCGGUGUGAGCGAGCUCCCCCACGCUUGGGUACUACAGGCGGCAGGGGUGGGGGUGGUGGUGGCAGCGACAUCGGGGGUGCUGCGGCGGUGGUAGGGCGAAGCGGUGGCGACGUGCUUGGGGGUGGGGGUGUGCGUGAGGAUGGCUGGGCGGCGGUGGCGAAACUGCCCGGCGGCGGCGGCAAGGAAGGGGGGGUGUGUGCUGGCUGCCGAUGGGAGGAAGAUGGAAUGGCCAUGUGCCACCGACUGGCGGGCCAGGGGCAGGAGUAG